GAAACCGACCAACUCAGGGAUUCAUUGCAGCAGGAAAUUCACCAGAUGGGAAGACAUGCUUGGUCAAAGUCUCAUCCAUGGUCUCCUCAAAUUGAGACUGCACAAUCCGGAGAGCAAUCUUCUCCUGAACAUGUCCAGAUACCAACAGAUGGGACUGAUGUAUGGGAGAUUGAUUUUCAGCUCCUGAAGUUUGGAAAUAAAGUAGCAUCUGGAUCAUAUGGCAAUCUUUAUCGUGGAACAUACUGUAGCCAGGAUGUGGCAAUUAAAGUAUUAAAGCCCGAGCGUGUAAAUGUUGAUAUGCAGCGAGAAUUUGCUCAGGAAGUCUUUAUUAUGCGGUUAGUUAACUAUACUUCUAUCUUGCAGCAUUAUUAGCUAAUUAUCUCUCCCACAUU